AUGGAGGAAAAGACCACAUCAGGCCCCGGAAUGGGGGCCGGCGACGCCACCGAUAGGACCCGCCAACCGCCCUCGUCCGAUCCGAACCCUUGCGCCGAUGCCGGAAGUCAUGCUGAGCCAACUAUGAUGGAAGAAGCAGUAGUUGCGAUUCCGGAAACUAUUUCCAGCACGGAUGGUUUUCCCGAGGGAGGCCGGCAGGCCUGGACGGUACUUUUCGGGUCAUGGUGUGUUCUCCUCUGCACCUACGGCCUCGGCAACAGCAUCGGUGUCUUCCAGACAUACUACGUCAACGAUGCGCUCAGGCAAUACUCCUCGUCUACGAUAUCGUGGAUUACCAGUUUUAUGCAAUGGACAAUGAACUUUCUGCCUAUUGUAUGGGGUUUUGCUUUUGACAAGUAUGGCCCGAGAUGGAUCCUCUUCGGGGGUACCAUCAUCUACGUCUUCGGUAUGAUGAUGGUGUCUUUGGGGACGGAGUAUUAUCACUUUUUCCUUGCUCAAGGCAUUGUCUGUCCCAUCGGAGCUAGCGCCGCCACCAGCGCAUGCAUGUCGUGCCUCGUUACCUGGUUCCAUCGGCGACGCGGACUGGCCUUUGGUAUUAUGAUGUCCGGUUCCUCCUGCGGUGGCAUCAUUCUACCCAUCAUGAUACCCAAGCUGAUCACCAAGGUUGGCUUUCCGUGGGCGAUACGCGCCGUCGGCUUCAUGUUUCUGUUCCUCCUCACCAUCGCCAACUGCACUGUCAGGUCCCGACUCAAGCCCGAGCAGAGGUCAGUAGACAUGAAGGAGUACUUCCGGGGCAUUCGAGAGCCGACCAUGAUGUCGACUGUUUUUGGUUUGUUCUUGGUCUUCUUAGGCCUGUUCGUUCCAUACAACUUUGUCAUAUUGCAGGCUAAAGCCCAGGGUAUGGACCAGGAACUGGUUAUCUACUUGCUGCCGAUCAUGCAUGCAGUUGGGAUUGUCGGACGUAUACUUCCAGGUCUCAUCGCAGACAAGAUUGGACGGUACAACAUCAUGAUAAUCAUCGCCACUCUCACGGGCAUUGCUUGUCUAGCACUCUGGAUACCGAUCAAGAACAAUGCCGGUAUCUUGCUCUUCACGGCGGCGUUUGGAUUCUGCUCAUCUGGUCUCACCUCGAUCGGACCUACUCUGAUUGCUCAAAUCUCUGACAUCAGGGAGAUUGGCGCUCGCACAGGCACAGCAUUUGCCUUCCAGUCCUUCGGUGCGCUUACGGGAAGCCCGAUCGCCAGUGCUAUUGUUGAUGCGCGCGGAGGUGACUAUCUGGGUUUGCAACUGUUUUGCGGAUUUGCCAUCUUUGCGUCAGCAGGCGUAUUUGCAUCGGCACGGUAUUUCCAGACGGGUGGUUUCAAAUUGAAAAAGGUCUAG